AUGUCAAAGCUUCAUUCCACUCUAAAGAAUGGGUGUUGGACAUUUUUGCAGGAAGAAGAUAAUAUCCUUGAUUCGGAUCAACAUUUGGAUGAGCAGAUCAAGGAUGCCACAGAAUAUUCAUGUGACAAUGGCUUUGUGGGAGAGGACUUGGAUGACAUGAUCUGGGAUGCCGUCGAUGGUGAUAAAAAAGAGCUCUUUUUGACCGUGUUGAACGACCUUACACAUGAACAAGUUGUGCGUUGGGAUCCUUUCAAUUUUAUAUUUGAGUGUGACUCUGUAAAUUGUGUGAACGCCAUGCUGAAUGGGGAAAGUGCUGGAAAAUGUGAAAUCAACAAUGUCAAUGCUGUUCCAUUCACGCGCAACAAUAGACAACUAGUUCCUAUAUUGCACAAGGCAGCUCGUCAGGGAGCCUACAAGAUAACAAAAUUGUGUCUUCCUGGAAAUGAGGCUCAGGUGAACCUGAGAAUUGAUGAAGCUGAUGGCAUGAAAGGGGUCUUGCCCUUGAAUUUAGCCCUUCAUAGAAUUCUUCUAUUUGAUAUACUUUUAGAUUCCGACGAAGACGACGAUCCAGGAUCGGAUGAGGAGGACGAUCCUCAUCACAGGGCUUCUGACAAGGCAAUUAUGAAUGAGUCCAAGCAAGCCUCAACGCGAUGGUUUGUGAAUAAGCGAAACAUGCUAUCUCUAUCUGCAUUGUACUGCGGCCAUCUCGAUCCCUCUCCACUUCGAUUAUAUCAUACGUAUCAUUUUAUGAGACGCCGACCUGGUUUUAGUUCUACGAUGGCGAAUAAAUUUGGCAGGUCUCGUUUUUCAUGCCAAUCCUUCCAACAGACAUAUCAUUCUGGAAGAUCCAGCGACGGUCUUGGUUCAUUCACAUCAGAUAAAGCCAAUAAUGGUGUGAUGUCGGGCUUGCAAUUGAAGAAACAAUGUCAGGAUUCCGGCCAGUCUGCUCGAAGAAGAACUGGAGUGUGCAGUAGUUGGGCAUCAAAUUUGCAGUUCAACAGAGAAUGUGCUUUAUCUGCUCAUUCAAGCAGAUGGAUUCUUAUAAAUUACUCGUCAUCUGGGCCGUGUACUUUGAAAAUAAAAAAGUUGGUGGUGUGGCCAACUUGA